AUGAUGAACCCGCGCAAUCCUCCACUCUCCCCCAUCUCCGUUGGCGGCAGCGAGUUCUCCCCUUCAGUCUAUGGCGACGCUGGUCGAAGCAUCAAAUCACCACCAGGCUCAGUGGUCGGCUCCAACAUGAACGGCUUUCCCUCCGGCGCCCGGAGCACCGGCGGCCCCAGCCCGCCCGCCAGCAUUGCCAGGACCAGUUAUGCCAGGAGCGAGAGCGGCCGCAGCGUGCGCGGCGAGGACACCGAAGCCGUCCUCAGCGAGCACUAUGUCGCCCUCAAGCGGUACCUCACAGCAACCUCGAAAGACGGCAGGGCGCAGCCCCCCCCGAACAAGGCUCGCGACAAGCUCCUGCGUCUGUCAUCCGUCCAGUUCCUCGAGCUCUCCACAGACGUCUUCGACGAGUUGAUGCGCCGUCAAGCCUACGGCCGGCGACCCCCGAAUGCUCCGCCCAACCAGGGCCCUCCACAAUAUCUCCUGCCCGAGGAGAACUUCCACCCGAAGAGGAAUCAAGCGCGGCAGAAGUUGUCGACUCUCGGCCCGCCCCGGUUCCGCGACUUGGCCACAGAUGUGUUCUGCGAGCUCGAGAGGAGGAUACCGCGAUUUGCCGGGCCUGACGUGCCCAGGAUGGGCAGCGGCCCGCCGAGCAGGUCAGGCACGCCAGCGAAUGGGAUGCCUCCUCGUGCUAUGCGCAGGCCGUCUGACGCCAGCUCCAUACGGUCCGGGGUGGCACCUAGGAUAAACGGAGACUACCCGCCGCCGCCGUCACCGGGUAUGCCGCCGGGUGGAUACGACCGCCCGAUGCCAAAACAGUUCCAGAGCAAUACCAUUGUCCCGAAUAAGAGCACAAUGGUCGAGGAAGACGAUGAUGGGUCCGAGGAGAAUGAUUCUUUCAAUGCCAAGCGCGAGAGCAAGAGGAGUCAGGCAAGCAAUGCAAUGUCCGAGUCCGACAAGCGAGUGAUAGACGACUACCAGAACCAAGUGCGAGAACUACGGGAGCAGCUCGAAAGCAUGAGUGAGCAGCUCAAGCGCAAAGACGAUGAGAUGAACGACAUGCUGGACGGGGAACGGUCAAGAUCUAUGCGACAAAAAGAAUGGGAUGACGCGCGCAGAGAGCUGGAGGCCAAGCUGGAAGACUCGGAGAGGCUCAACGAGACGAUGCGGAACGAAAUGGAUCUAAUGAGGAACAGCCGCGCACGAGAGAUGCAGGAUCUGGAGGACAAGCUCGCCAAGACCAGCAUAUCUGCUGCACCACAGAGCGGAGACCUUGCACGAGAGAAUAACGAGCUUCGUGCGGCCCUUGAAGAGCAGCAGCGAGUUACCGAGGAAGCACGACGGGAGGCCCGCCAGUUUCUCCAAGAGAUGAAGGCUCUUGCACAACAACACACGCCAUCCUGGGAUCGCCAGACCGAGCUUGAGGGGAUGGUGGAGAACUUGGAAAAGGAGGUCAGGGACUGGCGAAGCCGUUAUGCCAGGACGAAGACCCAACUGCGAAACUUGCGGACAUCAUCUAUCGGCCUGACCAUCGAGCAGGAUGCGACCAAGUACCUGCAGGAACAAGGAUUUAUGCAAGAAGGCGGACUGGUCAAAGACGUUCACGUCACCAAAUUCCAGAUCUCCGUGGACGAACUGCUGCAAGGGGCGAGGAAUGGGGCCCCAGAAAAGGUCAUUGAUCACAUGAAAUCUGUCGUGGUUAACGUCCGACGGAUCAUCAAGGACAUUGAGACGUCACUACCUGCUGGGUCUGAGCUCGGCCAACCACAGAUGAAGCUCAAGAGCCGAGUCUCUGCUACAGCCAACAACCUCAUCACGGCAUCCAAAAACUUUGCUGCCGCGGCAGGCAUGUCGCCGGUUUCGCUCCUGGAUGCUGCUGCCUCUCACCUGGUGGCUGCAGUAGUCGAGCUUCUGAGGACGGUCAAGAUCAAGGCCACGCCAGCUGGCGAGCUCGAGGACGACGACGAUGGCACGGUAACACCGGUAGAUUCGACAGGCUUCUUCUCCAACCGAACGACUGCGAUGUCACAACCAGAUGGCACGGCAGCGAUAUCUGGCUUGGCGCCCGUCAGGCCGUUUCAAGGGACGCAGGGACAACGCAGUAGUGCUGUGUCAUCCGCAUACAGUGCCAUGAGCUCUCCCAGGCAAUCGUCAAAUGGCAACGGCACGAUGACCGGAACAAGCUCCUAUGGCGGACCAGUCAACGGGUAUCGGCCCGAGCAGAAUGGCAACGAUCUUGAGGAUCUGAGGCUCUUUAUCAGCGGGCAAUCCGACAGUCUGGUGCAGAGCAUCCAGACACUAGUCGACUAUGUCCGACGCGACUCACCGAUGGAGGAGAUUGACGCGCAGAUCAAUGCAGUCGGCGAUGUGGUCAACAACAUCCUCUAUGAGACCGAGUCGGUUGGGCGAAUAGACGACAUCCAAGACCGCCUUUCCGCAUGCCGGCAGCGACUGUUUGAGGCGGGCGACCAGGGCAAGGACCUGGCUUCGCGUGGCUUGAAGGCUGGCGAUCGCGAAUGGCGCAUGUGGACUCAGACACUGCCGCCGAUUGCCUUUGAGCUUGCUCGCGAGACAAAGGAGCUCAUGCAGAGGAUCGACCGACUUGCGGACGGCGCUGCUGCCGAGGACUUUUCCUAG